AUGAGGCUCACCACGAGAUACUCGACUAUGCUCGCCCCCCUCAUAUUACUCGCCUCGGCCCCUCUAGGCGCAAUGGCGGGCGACGUUUUGCAGACCAACGGCUUCAGCUCCUGUCUCGACGGCCCUUCGGACAUUAUAGUCAACAGGCUCGACAUCAAAUUCGACCGUUCCACCAAGAAGGUGACCUUUGAUGUCUCCGGCACAAACGAGAAGACGCAAAAGGUCAUGGCUACCCUCACUGUAGCCGCAUAUGGCCGAAACGUCUACAACAGAACCUUCAACCCUUGUGACGGUGACGUCAAGGUUGACCAGCUGUGUCCAGUUCCUUCUGGUACAUUCAGUGCAAAAGGUGAACAGAGCAUCCCAGACGACAUCAUGUCCCAGAUCCCUGGCAUAGCUUUCAAUAUUCCGGAUAUCGACAGUCAGGCCAAGAUGUACCUCCGAUCUAUUGACACCAACCAAGACCUGGCCUGUAUCACCUCGUCAGUCACCAACGGAAAGUCCCUUUCGACUACGGGUGUGCAGUACAUCGCCGCAGGACUCGCUGCCGGUGCUCUAGCCGUCUCUGGUAUGGCCGCCUUCGCGAGCGCCGGACACGCUGGCGCCCCUCAGUCCAGUCCUACCUUUGGAGAUGUCAUUGGAUGGUUCCAGGCCAUGUCACUUAACGGCAUGAUGAGUGCCGAUGUUCCUGGUGUCUAUCGCAGCUGGGCAAGUAACUUUGGUUUCAGUACUGGCCUUAUCUGCUGGGACGACAUGCAGCGCUCCAUUGACACGUUCCGUAAGAAUACCGGCGGCAAUCUCACCGAAAGCAACUACGAUUACCUCAAGAACGCGACCCUUGUCCACGUGAACCAGGACAAGAGCUUGAGCAAGCGCGCUAUGAACCUGCUUCUAUGGGCUCGUGACGAACUGAGUACCAACAUCAACCAGGGCUCGGCCCCACAGGAGAGCGACAACAAGAUCAUGAUCUACGCAAAGGACAUGCAGGGCUAUAUCCAGGAGUAUUCAAUCCCCGAUCGCAAUGCCUUCAUGACCGUUCUGCUCAUCUUUGCUAUUGUCGUUGCUGCCAUUACCGUUGGUAUCCUGCUCUUCAAGGUUAUUCUGGAAACCUGGGCCCUCUUUGGCAGCUUCCCCAAGCGCCUGACGAGCUUCCGCAAGCGAUACUGGUGGACCCUGGCAAAGACCAUUACCAACUUGAUUCUCUUGCUUUACGGUAUCUGGGUCCUCUACUGUGUUUACCAGUUCAAGAACGGUGACUCUUGGGCCGUCAAGAUGUUGGCUGGUAUCACGCUGGCUGCUUUUACCGGAAUUCUCGCCUUCUUCACCUGGAAGAUCUGGACCAUUGCGAACAAGUUCAAGAAGAUGGAAGGCAAUCCCGAUGUUCUCUAUGACGACAAGGAAGUCUGGCGCAAGUACAGCAUCUUCUACGAAAACUACAAGAAGAGCUACUGGUGGAUCUUCGUACCAGCCAUUGUCUUCAUCUUUGCUCGUGGAUGUGUCAUUGCAGGCGCAAACGGUCACGGUCUUGCUCAAGCCGCCGGUCAACUCAUUGUCGAAUCCCUGCUCCUCAUCAUGCUUCUCUGGGCUCGUCCGUACUCUCUCAAGUCUAGUAACUGGAUCAACAUCUCCAUUUCCGUUAUUCGCGUUCUGUCCGUCGUCUGUAUCUUGGUUUUCGUCGAGGAGCUGGGCAUGAGCCAGACGACAAAGACUGUCACUGGUCUUGUGCUUGUCGUUGUGCAGGCUACUCUGACUGGUGUUUUGGGCAUACUCAUCGCGGUCAACGCAAUCAUUAUUUGCUGCAAGGAGAACCCUCACCGCAAGAAGAGAAAGGAAGCCGAGAAAGCUCGUGACCUUGACAACCUUACUCCUCUCGACGCACGCAACUCGCUUCUUAUGGAUCCUCAAGAAUACAAGCGUAGCUCUCUUCCCUCGCCUUUUGGCCCCCGCACCGAGGGCUAUGAUCGUGUGCCUCUCGCCGAUCAGCACACCGCCUAUGCGGGUCCUGGUGGUCGCCAAUUUGGAGACGAUCAAGGCCACCUGCUUGCUGAUGCCUCAACAUUCGGCCGCGCACCUUCGCAUGACCGAAUGAGGAGUCACGACAGCAGCCCAGGACCCGACGCGGAGAUGGGAUACCAUCAACCUCCAGGAUACGUCCCCAACGCUCCCUGGCAACCUCAACCUCAACGAGGUCCGUACUAG